GCGCUGAGAUCAGCGUCGACAUUCCUGCGACCAUGGCUUCAAUAAUGCAACGCCGCAUGCUCUCCAAGGAGGACGAAGCCGCAGACGAGGUCGAGGUCCGACGAGAAGACCAAGACAAGAUCAACAAGUUCAGUCGGCUGCACCAGCGAGAACUCGCUCUGAAGGAAGUGUUGGAGCUCAAGGGCAAGGAAAAGGAGGAGCUAGACGACAUCUCUACCGAGCUCGAGCUUGCCGAUGAAGAUGACAAGAUCCAAUACAAGAUCGGUGACGCCUUUUUCCAUCUCCCCCUCGAACAAGCACAGGAGAUGCUCAGCACGGCGACCUCAAGAAUUGACGAAGAGACUGCCGAGGCGGAAGAGAAACUAGGCGUCAUUCACGAAGAGAUGACACAGCUCAAGGUCGAGCUAUACGCUAGAUUCGGCAAGCAAAUCAACCUGGAGACAUGAAAGACAGGCUCUCUUCUCUCCGCGAGAUCAACAGCACCCUUUUCUGUUUUUUUUUACUCCACCACGACGUUUGCGGUUACAAUUAAUGAUAUUGCGGAUAUCCCACGAAUUCAAACCUGAGCUGCGUUUCAAUAUUACUGCUUUAGCAUGGCAGCAACCCAUCCUCUCACUGGCUGUACGAGAAAUCUUUGAUCCGUAGCGCCACGAGCAUAUCGAAAUUCCCACCGACAUCUUCAGAUUUUGUACAUAAUAAAUGUCACAGAUAAUAGACUUGCGCAGAUGCUCUAUAUGCAACCAUAUUUCUUACAUCA